UAUAUAUAGACCGCGCCGAGGAGGGUACCGCGGUUAUAAGAGGCUCGUCUCCUGGACGGGGUUCCCUUUGCGACGGGCCAGGGGCUUGUGGAACGGACGAGACUUGCAAGGACACAUCUUCAGCGCCGCCGAGGAGACAACAGCACCAAGGAUGGCUGAGAAGAAGGACACGCAGGUGAUCUCCUUCCUGAAGGACUUCGUCGCCGGAGGCGUGGCGGCGGCCAUCUCCAAAACCAGCGUGGCACCCAUCGAACGUGUCAAGCUGCUGCUGCAGGUGCAACAUGUCUCCAGGCAACUCACCCCCGACAAACAGUACAAGGGCAUGAUCGACUGCUUCGUCCGCAUCCCCAAAGAGCAAGGCUUCCUCAGCUUCUGGCGUGGCAACAUGGCCAACGUGAUCAGAUACUUCCCCACCCAGGCACUCAACUUCGCCUUCAAGGACAAGUACAAGCAGAUCUUCCUCGGGGGCGUCGACAAGAAGACCCAGUUCUGGCGCUACUUCGCCGGCAACCUGGCUUCCGGAGGUGCGGCCGGAGCCACGUCCCUGUGCUUCGUCUACCCACUGGACUUUGCCCGAACCCGGCUGGCCGCCGACACCGGCAAGGGUGCCGGACAGCGGGAGUUCAGUGGGCUGGGCAACUGCCUCACCAAGAUCUUCAAGUCCGAUGGCCUUAUGGGUCUCUACCGUGGCUUCAACGUGUCUGUCCAGGGCAUCAUCAUCUACCGGGCGGCCUACUUCGGCUUCUUCGACACGGCCAAGGGCAUGCUUCCGGACCCCAAGAACACGCCGCUGGUCAUUUCGUGGAUGAUCGCUCAGACCGUGACCACCGUGGCAGGCAUCAUCUCCUACCCGUUCGACACCGUCAGGAGGCGGAUGAUGAUGCAGAGCGGCCGAUCCGUGGAGGAGCGCCAGUACAAGAACACCAUACACUGCUGGGGCAAGAUCUACAGGACGGAAGGAGGCGCCGCUUUCUUCAAGGGAGCCUUCUCCAACGUGCUCCGAGGCACCGGAGGCGCGCUCGUGCUCGUCCUCUACGACGAGAUCAAGGCGUUCAUAUUCUAGGAGCCCCCCUGAGGAUAACAGAGAGUAGUAUUACAAAUGGGGAACGGGGGACGGCGAGGUGCGCGUAAGCUACACGUUGAGGAAUGCACGAGGCGUCUUCUAGCCUGCCGCACCGGUGGUUCCGCGAUUCAAAAACGUAUAGGCAGUGGCGACUUGGCGGAGACCUCUGGAGACAGCGAGUGAAUUUUAGGCUUAAACAGUUGAUUCUGGCUUGAGUGAUUGGGACCUUUUGACGCACCAACGCUGCUUCUGAAAAGCAGUUUGCUAGCUAUCUGUACAGUAAAAUGGAACCGGUCGUUCAGGGGAGUCAUUUGCCAUCAUUUUUUGUUCAUCAACUACACGAGACCAAGAGAAGCGUCAAGAGCCAGGAUUCCCCUCCUUGUUUUCUUUCUUUUUUUUCCAGCUAGCCUCGAGAGGUUUGUAUUUUAACAGCGACUCGGGAAUGAGCUAGACGACGAAAUUUCAUCGUGAUAUAUGUUAGGAAAGCGCGCCGGAACCCGAGGUGUUGCGGCCAGAAGACGUGUACGGGCUUAGGGAGACCCGCAUUCCUCUCGGCGCAAGGCGUCAGCACGACCUCGACGCCAUUCCGUCGCCCGCUUUGUUUCCGUUCAGGGAGACCGGGAGCGCUCCGAGGUUGACAGCGGACGCCUUGCGCCGAUGCGACCGGGGUCGGUAUACCAUAGGGAUCCUUUUGUACUUAUCGCAGACACACUCACUCGUGUCACCGACCGCAUUAUCAAAUCGCCCUCGCGCCUGAAGGGUUGCAGUGUUGCCGCAUGAUGAACGCCUCAACGACCACGCGAGCAGAAUGCUUUCACGCGCUCUUUUCGGCGAUGAUCACUGUUGUGACACCGACAGAGACUUUCCCCCGUUUAUAUUCACCCUGGCCACUUUCCCCGUGGCCUGCACGGCAUGCCAUUGUAGAGGAAGAUUUUUUUAAGAGCCAGUACUUUUAGACCGCCUUUAAGCAUUUGUAAAGAUCCAAGGAAGUGCUCAAAGCACACCGAUCUGUAGGGGGGGCGUUGCAUGCCCGCUCUAUAGUUACAGCAACGACGAAUAGAAGAGGUGUUGGUGAUGCGGCCACAGUGCAACCGCUCGGAGACUCGAAAGGCUCCCAUGCCGGCAGCGCCGGCAUGUAUAGACAGCCACGGCCCGUCGUAAUGCGGUGGUUCCAGUACGGGGUCCAGCUAGCUCACGGCUCCAGCCCGUCUUCACACGAGUGGGCACACACGGGCGUGCCUUGUCGUAUACCACAUAGAGAGACAGUGACGCUUAGGAACAUGAACCAGGCAAGUCCUUGCAAGCUCGAGCCGUCACACCGACAGUCGAUGCAACGGAGCAAUAAAGAAAACAACGCUGUUGCGUUCGAUUGUAAAAAAACCCUGGUGUGAAGUGUU